AUGGCGUGUAAUAAAGAGAAUAGGAAAUUGUUUGCCGUACCUGCACCGGUAACCACGAAUAUUUCGAUUCCGGUCCAGACCGGGAUGCUGCUAGUCGGCAAACAAGCGAGUGCCAUGGAGCGUAAUGGUGCAGUAGCUUCAAAUACAGCUUUGAAAAUAAACCCCACAAGGCUCGUCAAGGUAGUGGCUGAUGGCGGAACCCAAACAGCGAGUGUUUUCAAAGCUCCUUUGCUUCCGCCACCGGUGGCCCCGGUAUCUGGCAAUGGUAAACUUAUGGUCGAGAAAAAGGCUGCUCUAAAGUCUAUUGAAGCCCGCCCGGAACCGAUGGAGACUUCCACGACACCUGCUGGUAGUUCGCAAGCUGACAAAGAAAGUGCCUCCGGCGAUGCUGGCCAGCAAUCGCAACAAAAAGCGUCCAAAAAGGUGUGGACACUGAGCAACUUCGAUAUUGGUCGACCACUGGGAAGAGGAAAAUUCGGAAAUGUCUAUCUUGCUCGGGAAAAGGAAACCAAGUUUGUUAUAGCGCUGAAGGUGCUGUUCAAAAAGCAGGUACACGCCCAGGGCAUAGAACAUCAAGUGCGGAGAGAGAUUGAAAUUCAGUCACACUUGCGCCACCCGAACAUACUGCGAAUGUACGGAUACUUCCAUGACGAAACGCGUAUCUACCUGAUCCUGGAGUACGCUCCCGGUGGAACUCUAUUCAAGAAGCAACAGGAACAACCGGGAAAGCGGUUUCCUGAAAAGCGAUGCGCCAUCUACGUGUAUUCGUUGGUAUCGGCGCUAAUAUACUUGCACGAACGCAACGUCAUACAUCGCGAUAUAAAACCGGAAAAUUUACUGCUCGGUCACGACGGAGAGCUGAAGAUCGCGGACUUUGGAUGGUCCGUGCACGAGCCGACCUCGUCGCGCACCACCUUGUGCGGUACGGUGGAUUAUCUGUCGCCGGAAAUGGUGCAGGGGCAGCCUCACACGAAAACUGUCGAUCUUUGGAGCUUAGGUGUGCUGGCGUACGAGCUGCUGUGCGGCAAGGCUCCUUUUCUAGCCAACACCUAUGAAGAAACCUAUCGCAAAAUCAUGAAGGUUCAGUACACCGUGCCGCCGGAGAUUACGAAGGCAGCCGCUCAUCUGAUCUCACGACUGCUCGUUAGAGAUCCGGCCAACCGAAUGCCGCUGGAAAAUGUUGCCGUUCACCCGUGGAUCCAGCUGCACGUGGACAAGAAGUAA